CCACGUUUCCCUAAAAGAAAAUAAGAUUCCUCUUCCAAAGAUGACCCUUGUGUCCUUUCACUAAAUGAAUUUUUGGUUUAAAGGAAAAGCAUUUAUGUUUCGGCGAGCAAUCAUUUAAGGGCAUUGACUUGACUUGGUUAAAAAUCUACUCCUAAAAACCAACGAGUCUUUAAAAAUAUUUUACAAAAAUUUUCAGAAAAAUAAAGAAGUGGCCCGAGGAAGUUGCUGGACUGUUUCCCUCCUUGAUUAAUCUACCAAUAUUACCAUGUCAUUGUCAGUUUUCAAGGCAGCGUUUGGCUGUAACUUUGCUUAAAGUUUCUUCACUUUGUCCCUUUUGUUGACCUGAAUCAAGUCUUUGUUUUUUUGUUUCUCUUUACUCUUUUCCUUCUUGGAAUAUACAAGGGAACCUUCCCAGCUUCUCCUGCAGACUAGUUACUAAUUGGGUUGAGAGAUUCUUUUUUACCUGGUGUGUGUUUAUAUUCUUGUCCAGGCUCACUUUCUUGAGCUAAUGCCCUAGCCAUGUCUUCCACAGAUGACAAGCCACCUCCCUUAUCCAUUCAGGACAUAAACAAUAUCAUAACGAACCUGAAGAACCUCCUCACUAGCGAUUGUGCAGAGGCCGAAAUCACUGUCGCCACCAACACUGCGGCUAAUAGCCCGACUGGAAAUGAGCAAGAUGGCUCUAACCGUACUGGAAAUGAGCAAGAUGGCUCUAACCGUACUGGAAAUGAGCAAGAUGGGACCAACAAACAGGAUGGAGAUGCUAACCAGGCCCAGGAGACCAACGACAAAAAGAAGGAACCGCUGUACGAGCUGGGAAAACUAUGCAAAGAACUCGAUUAUAUGAUCAGGUCAUUCCAGAACCUGGAGAACUUAAAAAAUAGUCUAACAGAACCAUUCAAAACUCUUGAGGCCAAUGUCAACGACAUCGUGAGUGAUCUCGAAAAAGACGAGUUACGAAAACAGGUUCAGCACAAUCUACGUGUGUUCAGAAACAACAUCACCCGAGUCAAAAUCCUGAUCCUCUUGCAACUUCAGGCCGCCAGUAUAAAUUCCGAUGGUAAUCGUGCUUUGCAGACAACCUUUGCCACCGGCGAGGCCGGGGACUUGCCUUACCUCUAUCGUCAACCUAUAUUUGAAAAUAGCUAUUAUUUUAAAGAAAUUGAGGAAAAAUAUGAAAGCCUUGAUGACAGGCAGAAACUGUGCUUGCUGUGUUUCUCAAUUUUCCCUGAAAAUGCGGAGAUAAAGAAGAGGUUUUUGAGAUUUUGGUGGGUCGGAGAAAACUUAAUCCCCCAAAAUGGAAACGAUGAGAUGGGAGAUUUAAACGACACUCUCACCACGUUCGUGAAGAAGAGGCUAAUCGAGCCUGUUCUGAAAAAAAACAGAUUACAACCCAGAAGCUAUAAGGUGACCCCAAUUGUUCGUUCGUGCUUGAUCCAUUUUGCCAAGAAAGCGAGGUUCUUCGAUUAUGACCCGGAUGGAAAGCCCAUCAUGGAUUUUUCAUCUUGCAACAAGGCAUGUAUGGUGAAGUCAGAAAGAGCUACUGCUUCCUGGUUCGCUGAUUAUCUUAAAGGCAAUGACAAGGAUGGCAAUUCAGAAAAGCCUAAAGAGCAGCAGCAACAUCAGGAGCAAGGAAAGCUAUCUGCAGAUCUAGUAAAGCUGCAGAUGUUGUUCAAUUUUCUGAAUAAGGAGAAAUUGAUAAGUGCUAGUCAGCAAAUUGAUAAAUUGCAGACUUUGUUCAACUUGAGUAAGCAAUUUCCAGAUUUACCUACGGAGUGGUUUUCUAAGAUGACGGGCAUUAAAGUUCUUUAUUUGGGUAGAUGGGAAGCCACGGCUGGGCAAGCUCGCCAUAUUGAGGUGGAAGACAUUGAGUUCUUAAAAGGGUUCAAAAACAUGAAGAAUUUAAGGCUUCUUAGCCUUCAAGGUAUUUCCGGUAUCCCAAAGCUUCCCACCACUCUGUGCAAGCUUGAAAAUUUGAGGAUAUUAGAUCUAAGAGCAUGUCACGAUCUGGAGAAGCUACCAGAGAGGAUAGGGUCACUUAAGAAGUUGACUUACUUGGAUUUAUCAGAAUGCUAUCUGCUUGAUUACAUUCCCCAACAGCUGAAUAAACUAUCGGAACUUCAAGUCCUUAAAGGGUUUGUGAUUCUGGAUGCCAAAAACUCAUGCACACUUGAUGAUUUGUCGGAGUUAUCGAGUCUGAGAAAACUAAGCGUCAAUGUGAACACUACCAAGUUCAAUAUCGAUGAGGCAGGGGACGCUCUCGCUAAAUUUCAGAAACUUGAGAAGUUGAGGAUAGCGUGGGGAUGGGGGGGAAUGCCAGGAAAAGAGGAUUCUACGCUAGACAGUAGUAGCGAACAACAGCAAUCCAAGACCAAGAAGAAGCAGGCAAGUAGUAUUAGUAGUGCAGCAGCAAAAGCCUCGACUGAUAAAGUGAACAAGGGAGAGGAGAAAGGCAACCGGGAAAGGAGUGCAGUCGCAGCAGCAGGUGAAGCAAAUUCAAAGACCGCGAAGCUGGGAGGUGGUUUAAGAGGGACAGCCAACAUAGCUUUGAUGGCUAAGAAAUGGAGGAGGUUGUCAAUGAAAGGGAGAGAACCACAAAAUCUGGAAGGCCUUGAGAGACUGGUGAAACUGGACCUCCAGUGUUUCCCUCGCUCGGAACCACCUACUUGGCUGGUACCAAGAAAAAUGAAGAAACUCACGAAUUUGUCGAUUAGAGGUGGAAGACUGGGUUACCUAAAUCAUAAGGAUGGCCAGAAGUGGAAUGUGGACACCUUACGUUUGAAGUUUUUGGUGAACUUCAAGAUGAACUGGAAAGAAAUGCAGCAACGAUUUCCCAAUUUGAAAUAUUUGGAGAACCUUAGAUGCCCAAGAAUCACAUUCUGCCCAUGCGAUGCCAAUGGAGUAUGGCAAAAGUUCGUCCAAUCCAAAUAAACUUCAACCUUUGAGCAUUUGAAUUUACUUUGCAUUCUUGUUUCUUUGUUUCUAAUUCACCGGACAAGUUUGUGUUGUAUUUCAGUUUCACCUUCUUUUUUUCCUAGUUUGUUGUAUUUUCCUUUAUGGAAGAAAUGGUAAUUUUCUUUAUCCAACAAA